GGAGGAUGUUGUUGUUGUUGUUUUGAGGCACUUUUCGGCAGAAACGCCUCGGUAAUCGAUUAGUUUGGUCUCCCUGUGCAGAGCAAUGGAUGGCAGAACGCACGCUGCAUGCAGUAAAGAGUUAAAGAGAGCCAGUCACCUGGCGGUUACGCGUCAACCCGGAAGUAGCGAAGGAGGGAGAUUCAUGUUUGUGGAGCUACAUGCUGUUAGCGUUUGUGCACGUUUUGUUGACUUAAAAACAACUCUUAUCGUGCAUGACGGUGUUUGUGUGAACGUCUUCAGUCAACAUGGCUCUACUGCGGAUGAGGAAUCCCCAGGGGCCCAAUGCCACAGAGAUAGAGAAGAAAAUCAAAAGGGGUAAUGCUCUGCGGCAGGGCUCAGCAUGGCGGGGGUUUCUUGGCACUCGCUGGUUUCUGGUCCUGGUGCUGGUCGUGGUGAUGAUGAGCGGGGGGGCGAUGUGGCUGUACAUCUCUCUGGACAGCGAGGUCACAGAAACACUGGUCAGCCGGGGGGAGGUCGUCUCUCCUCACCCCCGAAUCUACAGCGUGCCCUGCUCUGAGGACUACGACAACCACCAAAGAUAUCCAGGGUGCACCCCUCAGAAGUGUGGCCGUGCCGUCAUAGACAGCGUAGUGACCCGGGAGGAGGCUCAGACGCUCAGGAGGCUGGCUGAGAGAGGGCUGGCCCUGGCUGGAUCAGACGGAGGAGCCUCCAUACUUGACCUGCACUCUGGAGCUCUGUCGAUGGGGAAACAGUUUGUCAACAUCUACAAGUAUUUUGGGGAACAGAUCGGGGAGGUGUUCACGCACGAGGAUUUCCAGCUCUACAAGGACGUACGUGGGCGGAUCCAGGCUGUGAUUGCGGAGACGUUCGGUUUGGACCCGGCUCUGAUGUUCCUCACCAAGCCGACCUUCUUCUCAAGGAUCAACAGCACCAUCGCCAAGACCCAACACGACGAGUACUGGCACCCCCACAUCGACAAGGUGACGUACGGCUCUUUCGACUACACCUCUCUCCUCUAUCUGUCCGACUACGGCUCAGACUUCACCGGAGGGAGAUUCAUCUUCAUGGACCCGAACGGCAACCGGACGGUGGAACCACGAGCAGGACGAGUCUCCUUCUUCUCUUCGGGCACGGAGAACCUCCAUCGAGUGGAGAAGGUGUCGUGGGGAACGAGAUACGCCAUCACCGUGUCCUUCACCUGCGACCCCGCGCACGCCAUCCUGGACCCCGCCAUGCCCUAAAGGAGGUGAGGGCGGGGGGGACAGGACAUCACUGCUCAGUGGCUCCAACAAACCCUGCAGAGAGGAGGAAGAAGAGACACUUUACUCGGCUGCACGGUCAAUAUCCGUCACUUCCUUCCAUCUUCAGAUUUCGAAAACACAGGCUUCACCAUUCCUCCUCCUUUGGUCUGAUUUUGCACAAUUUAGAAACGAUAACUAUGUGUGAUUAUUUUUGACAGAUGUUUCGGAGUGUUAUAGGAGGGACUGAUCAUCUUUGUAUCAUUUCAAUAACAGUGCAGCUCUGAUCGCUUUGUUGUUAUUUCUUACUCACUACUUUGGUUUUUAUCCAGUUUUUCUACAGCUGUUCCCAAUGUUUCUCGCACCAUUAGGAAGGCUGGAAUGAAGUUUUAGGGUUGCACGAUUUGGAGGAAUUCACUCGUAGCGAUUUUUGUCACUGAUAUUGGGAACGAUCACUUUUUGCAUCAUUAGUCUCAAUGUUAUUGAACAAACACUCCAUAAAGAUCUGACAAAAAAGUCUGAAUUCUGUCACCGACUUUCGGACUUUAUUUCUCACAAUUCUGCGAAGUCAUAACUUUGGGUCCGACCUCCAUGCAGUUUCUGAGCUGUGAUAUCUGCAGCCCCACCCUUCAAAAUCUUAAACACAUUUUUAGCCUUUAACAAAUACUGUGCUUCCUGCGAUCUAAAUACCGCACUCGUCCAGAUUGCCUCUUCGUUACGUUUCUGAUUAAUUGUCCAGCUCUAAUCUUUUUGAAAAGAUUCCUGAAACACAUUUCCACUCUGUGUGUCUCUUCAGUCUCUGGCGCCUCUCUGUUUCAAAGAGGCUGCAGAUGGGUUGUGUGUUUUCUGUGUGUGUGUGUUUCUCUUUAAAGGCGAGCUGUCAACGCCUCGAAUAAAACAGAUAACUCUGGGGAUUCUUGAUCACUAAACCCUCUCUCUGACCCAGGAGGUGUUGUCUUCUGAGAAGAACCCGCUCCUGGUCCAGGAGGGAUUUCUCUUUUUAGUUUGUUACCGUUUACUUCAAAGUGUUCGGGGGGGCGGGGGCGGUUUGAAAUAAAAUACUGAGAGUAAAAAAGAAAGGCCUUGUCUCUUUGACUCGUUUGUAUUAUGAAAGCUUUUCUGACUUUCAUUUUUCUCCCUCUGAAAACUUCAUUUCUGAACCAUUUUGAAUUUCUUGACCUCAAAUAUUUAAGUGAAAGCAUGUUUUUCUAUAUUUAGGCUUUGAGCUCAUGGCUCAUAUUUUAGGGAAUAAACAGUCGUAUUAUGACCAAAUAUAGAAUGAGAUGUACCUUUAUCUAUUAAUGCAUGUAAAUGGUCAGCAGAGGUUAAGUUCCCUCCAGAGUCAGUCUCUCUCCCACACACUUUUUUGGACAGACUUGAUUACUUUGAGGAGGAGGUACUUAUUAACAUUUCCUACAUAUCAUCUCCCAAAAAGCUCCCGAUUUCUGGACUUUUCGUCCAAUCAGAACGAACGUUGUGUCCCUCUCUUCUUAUCGUCCUAAGUGAAGUCUCCGGGCACGCUUCGGUAACCUGAUGAAUACUCAUUACAAUAAUGAAAUGGUUCCUUUGUGUUUCUCUUCUGAUUGAGCGUUAUCUGCUCUUCCUGAGCUAGACAGACGCUUCUGAAAUAAUCUCUCUGUUCGUGCUCGGCUUUUCUUAUUUUCCGCACAACUUAUCUUUAAACAUUGCCACAUUUGUAUUUCUGCGUUACAUAUCGUGCACUUUGAGCUGUAGAUCCACCAAUAUAUGUUAUAUAUGCCAGUCUUUACCUUUUAUGCACAAACGUAUUUACCUUUUUACUGUUCAGGUUAAAACACUGACCAUAUCGAACCUAUCGCGCAUUGUAAACGAUGAUUAUGAAGUCUGCAUUAAAUGUUGUCACGGUAUUGUUUGCAUUAUGUAGUUUUAAAAAUGUACAUGUUGCCCUAAUCCUCCUAUCGAAUGCAUUUAAAAAAUAUAUAUUUAACCAAACAAAAACUGACAAUUUGAUUUAUU